GGGGUCCUGAUGAUGAUGGUGUUUGUAAAUUCUAGCUUUUCCUUGACGUUGGUGGACAGUUUGGACACGAUAUUAAUUAUGGGGGAUCUCCCCGAGUUCGAACACGCCGUCAAAUUAGUUAUUGAGCACGUGGAAUUCGAUCACGAUAUCGUGGUCUCGGUCUUUGAAACCAACAUCCGGAUGGUCGGGGGUCUUUUGGCCGGCCAUGUCUUGUCGGAAUAUGUACGGGAUCGCUACGGCGAGAUGGUUUGGUACAAGGGUGAAUUGCUCAAUAUGGCCUUGGACAUUGGCUACCGGUUAUUGCCCGCUUUCAAUUCGUCUACGGGUCUGCCCCAUCCACGGGUCAAUCUUCGGUAUGGCAUCAAAUCCGGCAAGAUCAAGCACGUGGGUGAGACGUGUACGGCGUGUGCGGGCACCAUGAUCUUGGAAUUUGCCGCACUUUCGCGUCUCUCGGGCGAGCCCAUUUUUGAAGAGAAGGCCUCGAAAGCCAUGGAUGUACUUUGGUCGGCUCGGAAUCGCAUGUCCAAUCUGGUGGGCAAUGUGCUAAAUAUCAAUACGGGGGAUUGGGUGCGUCGAGACUCCGGGAUCGGGGCGGGUAUUGAUUCGUACUACGAGUAUGUGGCUAAAGCAUACGUGCUUCUGGGCGAGGACAAGUACUUGACUCGCUGGCAAACCCAUUACACCGCUAUCAUGAAGUAUCUUGGACAGCGUCCAUUGUUACAAGAUGUCCACAUGCACCGCCCUCAAACGAGCUCCAAGCAUUUCAUCGACUCGUUGGGUGCCUUUUGGCCGGGCCUUCAAGUCCUCAUGGGUGAUGUGAAGCCCGCUAUUGAGAGUCACGAGAUUCUCUAUCAAGUGAUGCAAAGGCAUAACUUCAUUCCCGAGGCCUUUACAACUGAUUAUCACGUUCAUUGGGCGCAACAUUUACUGAGACCCGAAUUCGUCGAGUCCACAUAUUUCCUAUAUCGUGCCACCGAAGACCCGCAUUACCUGGAGGUGGGCAAGAAAGUCCUGGAGAGUCUGCAAAAGUAUGCCAAGACGUCCUGCGGAUAUGCCACUCUCAAGGAUGUCCGCACUUUACAAAAGGAGGAUCGAAUGGACAGUUUCGUCCUAGCCGAGACCUUCAAGUACCUGUAUCUGUUAUUUGCAGAGGAGCAGGAUCUCAUCCUGGAUAUUAACACUUUCGUGUUUACCACUGAAGCCCAUCUCUUGCCUUUAUCUCUGGCUCGACUCUCCAAUCGAACAGCCGUUCCACUGCCCAAGAACAAAAGCCUUGAGGAGGAUCUAGAUGAGGACGUAGAAUUCGCUCGAUCUUGCCCGAGUUCGGACUACUUGUUUCCGAAUAAUCCGGAAUCGUUUGUCAACGACCUUCGCCUUCCACUAGCCAACACAGUCACUAACAAAUGUCCCAUGAGACGCGUGGGCAAGCGGAAGUUAUUGGCGGCUGAUUUCCAAUCGGGCAAUGAGGAGCAUAUGGAACUCAUCAAGAAGAUGGGCAUCACUAUCGUCUCAUUGCCAGAUGGACGAGUACAAUUACUCCAAUCCAUGGCCAAUUCUGCCAGCUUAGAAGAUGGCGAGGAAGGGAUUCUGUUUAUGCAGGAGAUGAUUGAACUGUCCAAGCAGCCAAGUGUAAUUCCCGAAACUCCACCCAAAGCUGUCACGUACACAUCUCUAAAUGGCAAAAAAGAGGUUGUCUUUGCUGGACCUGCCCAAUUUGGAAAAUUGCUGGAAAAUGGGUUCAAGUUGUCCGGUGACGUAAUACAAGCCGAGCCCAAGGAAGCCUGCGGUCACGUUGAAAAUGGCAAAAACUUCUGGGGCAAGAUCGUGGUUGUCCACCGAGGAGAGUGCAUGUUCGUGGAAAAGGCACGGAACUUGGAGAGUCUGGGAGCGAAAGGAGGUUUGGUCAUUGACAACAUUGAAGGCACGUCUGCUUCGGAAAGCCCCAUGUUUGCAAUGUCUGGUGAUGGCACGGACGACAUAUCCAUUCCAAUGCUCUUCCUGUUCAAUUUGGAUGGACUCAAGUUCCUCGAGGCCUUAGAAAAACAUCCAGAGAUGGAGGUGACCCUCACGGAUGGAUCAGACUCUCUUGCCCGAUUUCACCGAAUUAUCACCCGUGUCUCAAAGUCUCCUGUUCAAUAUUUCAUUAGGCCUGCGGAGGAUUCUAAUGUCGUGGACGAAGGAGAGGCUUUUGAUUUCACCUCUCCUGUGAAGCGUCUGGUGGAGAAAUCACGCCAUUAUUUCUCAGGGAUCCAAGACUCCGUGGAGUUGGGACAAUCUGGCUCGUCCGAAGAUCCCAACGAGCCUUCUGACACAAUUCAGAUCACGACUCGCGAUGACGGAACAACGAUCGCCCAUCACAUUCGAACGGUUAAGGGACCAGAUGGACAGUUGCAAAAACAGAUCACCGUCGAGCAACUCCUCACAGAUGCUCAGGGUUCCAUAUCUGUGAAGACGCUGACCGAUGAAGAAGUUGAGGCUUUACUAGCCCAGCAAAAGACUGAAGAAGAGCAAGAACAAAAGGACGAGCCGGGAUUGGUGAUUCCGCGAGUGCUUUCAGAUUCCCCGACAGAUCAGCCCAUCAUUGAUGUGGCCGCUUUUGAGGGGAUCAAGAUCAUGUUCAAAGACAUGUCUGUUUUAACUCGGGCAGCAUUUGAGCAGACGAGGCAGUCUGAACCCUAUCCCGAGGGGCUUUUAGACAUCGAUCCACAAGAGCUUGCUCAGCUGCUAAUUCAAAUCUUGUGGGAAGAUCCCAAAAUGACCUCAGUGGAGCAAGCUUUGACUCCAACCUUGGAACUGGUCUCGAUUUUCGGUCCCAAGGUCGUGGACGAACAUGUGAGUGAAAGUGUUCGAGAAUUCAUCCAGACAGCCAUCGAUAAGACCCAAUCGUAUGGGCAAAUCUGGCGGAGCUUUGAGAACGUGGUGCUGAAGAACGAUCGGACGGUCCAAGAUUUUCUCAUGGCCAUUCCCACGCCCAAUCAGGAUCGCUCAGCCAUGUCCGAGUUCUUCGUGGUCAACCCUGUGAUAUUACACUUCUGUGAACAGUUCCUGCAAGAGAUUCAUGACUUGGCAGACUCGACCCCAACAUCAUCCAAAGACGAAUUGUGAGUCCACUUGAACUCGAUUCGUACGAGAAAAAGUGAGACUGGUUGCCGUCUCGUCGAGAAUUUUCGCAUUUUUCUAAUGACAAGAACAAAAAGAGACCAUGUUUUGUUCUCCCGCGAGUCUGGGCCUCGUUGGUUUUGUACCACUUGCUUCACUUUCCAAGAAGCCGUACGUCUAUUUCUGCCUCAUUUUAUGCAUUUCUUAGUGGAAUAAUUAUGUUUCAAUUGUUUUCAUUGUCAUUUAGUUUGUUUUGUUUUUGUUCAUUUUGACUUCUGCUUUGUUCAGUGAAGCGGAGAGAAAGUCUUGAUAUGCUUCAAGAAUUAAACUUUUGAUUCCCCGA